AUUAAUUGCAAAAUUGACUUUGACAACGGGCUCUUUACGUCAAUAAUGUUUUUUCAUGCUCCGAUACUAUUUCUAAUUGUUAUUUUUGACUGAUCUGGCCGUAGGCAGGAACAGGUUUUAAUUAUUUAUAUAAUUUAUAUUAAAAAUAUCUAAGGCUAAAUAAACAAAGGGUUAGUAAGAGUGUUCGCGCGAUACUCAAGACGCAAGUUUCUUCUUGUUCAAAUCAGCUUUACUUCAAAUAUAACUUUUUAUUAACAAUAUCACAACUGUACGAUUAGCUCAGUGUUAGUAUGUUAGAUUGUCGUUCUGAAACCUUAGGUUCGAAUCCCGCCGGCGCCGACAUGUGCGACAUUUUCAAAAAUUUAUAAAAUAAUGCGUAAUUGUAAUUAGUGAAUUAAAAUGUUAUAUGUGAAACAGUGAAUAGCUACAGAUUAAGCUAUAAAAGUAAUAAAAUCUGUUUAAAAGGAAAUGAUUUUUGCCGUCCAUUGGACGUCCACUAGAAAGUACGAACCUCCACGGCAGACAUCCAUUAAUAAUCUAUGUAACGUCUGCUGAGACUCCAUAAAGCCUCUACUAAUAAUCCACGUGACGUCGGUUUGUCAUCUACUAAGGCUCUAUGAACCCUUUAUUAAUGAUCUACGUAAAGUCUAAUGGACAUCCAUUGAUAACGUCUAAUGGACGUCCAAUGGACGUGCAUAAUGCGGAACUGUGGACGCCUAGUGGCUGUCCAUUGGAUGUCCAUGGGACGUCCACUGAAAGGUCCGAACCUCCACGAUAGAGUCCAUUGAAGGUUUUUGUUCUAUGUUCGAUUUUUAUUAAGUAUUAUUCACUGACAGACAGUGAAUAGUCUAGCUGUUUUCAGUGAUAUACUUAUAACUAUUUUAUUCCACUGAAUAUAUCACUAUAUACUUAUAAUUAAGUAUUUUAUUUAUUAUUAGUAAUGUAUCACUGAAAAAUAGUGAAUAUUCACUGAUGACACAGUUAUAAGUGUAGCACUGUAAAUCAAUAAAAUUUCACUGAUUCAGUUUCAGAGAGAAGUUAAUGCAAGGGGCUGCGUUUCGAAAUUCACUGUUAGUACUGAAAAUUUACAGUGUACUACAUAACGUCUACAGUAUACGGAACUAUAGAUUUGAAAUACUAGCAGUGAAUUUAGAAAUGCAGAAUGCCAAGAAGUUCAAUCCAGUCGAAGCAAAUAAUCUGCUUGCAGAGUUGAAUUUGGCAGGAAAUCUAACCUAAUCGCUUAGCUUAGAUUCAAUCCAAUCGGUCGAUAAACAGAUUGAUUGUUUUGUUCGACUUGAACACUGCCAUCUGUUACAAUACAGGGCAAGUAAUUUUUUUUUUCUUCUACUGCGAUCAGCUGUGAUAUCCCGAUAUCGGACGUAGGGGAAAGCACGGUGGGGCAACUCCAUACGGAAAUCUGAAACAGUGUUUGGAUUAAUAUCGCGUAACAACUGUAGAUGGCAGCGUCUGAAUAGCAGCCAUUUCGGUGAAAUCUAUCUCCUGCAUCGCAGAAACGGCAGGCAGAAACAAAUCGUACGUGUAUCGUUUUCUUGAGAACAUUUUCAGUGUGUGUUUCUCAUAUGACUUUUUUCAAACGGCUAUUAUUAUAUAUAAUUAGUGCGGGAGAAAUGGAUAAACAAAGAUGUGCAGUGCCAGGAUGUAUAACGAGUCGGACGGCAUCACGACACAUAUUUCCAAAGAAUAUCCAGAUAGGAUGUCUUUGGAUUAAAGUUGUGCGCAACCCGCGCCUUAUUAAUAUUCCAUACGAUCAAGUCCGUAAGGAUAAAUAUCGGGUGUGUCACAAACAUUUUGAACCAACAGCCUACCUUCCAGGAUAUCAAAAGCCAACAUUGAGAGACGACGCCGUUCCAACUUUGUAUUUGCCGACAAGUGACGAUGAGCUGGAAGGCGAAAGGAUGAACAUAUCCGUAAUUGCGCCAGAAAUGAUGCCAAACCCGCUAACACAAUUAACGCUGGCUUUAUCUCCAACGGGGACUUUGUCCUCAGUGAUGAAAUAUGAUUCGCCGACGACAUCGAACGCUAUACAGAUACAACCUUUGGCAACAAUUGCGGCUGGGACAAGUGUCGAAAAUGUUUCAGAGGAAAUUGUGGAACCUUCGGAACAUGAUCAAGUAUUUAACAUUUCUUCGCCGAUACAAGAAGACAGAGCCAAUAUAUCGUGUACGCCUAAAAGAAAGAGAGGGACACCGGUUUCUCGUCGCAGUCUUCUACAGGAAGAAACAAGAAAACACAAUUUGACCCCGAAAGCAAGACGAUUAUACGAUAUUGCCAAUAAUCUGAAGAAUAUACAACGAAGCAAUAAAUUGAAAAUUAAGAGGUACCGUACUUUGAAAACAUUUAAUACCUGUUGCAUAACCUGUGGUACGCAAAACAGAUUUGUUUUACUUACCUAUCGUAAUGUACGAUGUGGUUCAUUCAAAUUGUUGCACAAGCAAUAAUAAUUCUGUGUAUUGUAUAAUUUAAUGUAUUUGUAUUACAUUGCUUGUGUUACAUUUGAUUGUAAAUGUUUUGUCGUCUGAUCUGGGUACUAAAAGCACUUCGACCGCAAAGCGCAACUAUGUAUCAAUUCUAAUUAAUGAGGAAUACGUAUUAAUAUUCCUUAGAUAUGCAAUUCGCUUGAAGGAAGCAAAAGUAUUUAUCAAAACGAAAGGUUUCGAAAACUUAGAAAAGCUGUCAACGUUACAAAAAAUAUUUAUUGAAAUGCAGUUACGGAAUGUCAAGUUAAAACAGAAGGGUAGGAGGUUUAGCAUGGAGGAGAAAGUCCUGGCCUUGUCCUUAUAUAAAAGGUCUCCAAGAUGCUAUCGAUAUUUAGCUUAUUUGUUCAUUUUGCCAUCACCUGCCACUUUACGCCAACUGCUUAAAAAAGUGCACUCUGACACUGGCAUCAAUAAAGUGAUGCUGAAACAUUUGAAGCAAAAGGCACAAAAGAUGAAGGAGUUAGACAAAGUAUGUGUGCUAAUGUGGGAUGAAAUGAGUCUCACACCGCAUAUACAAUAUAAUGAAGCGAAGGACAAGUACGUUGGAUUCGAAGACUACGGAAAUGAAUGAACUCAACACUUUGCUGAUCAUGUGCUCGUAUUUAUGUUACGAGGAAUAGCAACAGGCUGGAAGAUACCUUUAGGAUAUUAUUAUUGCGAGAGCUCAACAAACCAUUUCCGACUCAUGCGAUGCAUUCAGGACAAUGUUCGCACUGUAACCCAUGCUGGAUUGAAUCUGGUAGCUACAGUUUGUGACCAAGGUUCUGCAAACAUGUCAGCACUGCGAAAGUUCCGAAAACAACAUUCUAUAAGGACAGGAAUACCUGAAAAUAUGUGUACGGAAAUCGACAUUGCAAACUGUUCGCUAAUAACAAUAUACGAUCCUCCUCAUCUUUUAAAAGGCAUCAGAAACAAUUUAUUAACAAAGGAUUUGGAGAUUAACUAUGCGACAGAUAGGCCAGAAAAGGAUAGGCAGUAUGCAACCUGGCUUCAUAUUGACAAAGCGUAUGAAAUAGACGUGCAUGAAUGCACAAUAAAUAGAGCCAUGCCAAAAUUGACAGAUCAGCACAUUAAAGUCGACAAAAUUCGAAAGAUGAAGGUGAAGAAUGCUGCUCAAAUAUUCAGCCGAUCCGUGUCUUUGUUUCUUCAGUUAGCUGUUUUAUGGAGUUGUGACAGUGCAAGAGCCAUGUCAAAAGAUAUAUGCGUACCAGCAGAGGCUUCGCAUACUUCGCACGUCUGUAUAUUCUUCAAUAACCUAUUUGAUUCGGUGAACGCCAACAGUGUCUCAACGAAAAACAAUCCACCAUUGCGGACUGCUGUUACAAAAACCAGUCAACACCUAGAAUUUUGGAAAGACGCUUCCCGGACACUGAAGUCAAUGAGGUACGUACAUCGAAAAACGAAGAAACCGACACCGACUGUACCAUCAUUGAAGAAUUGGAAUUGUACAAUCGAAGGGAUGGCAACACUGUGGGCCAAACUUGAAUCCAUGGGAUUCAAAUAUUUUAAGACUCGUAAUGUAAAUCAAGAUCCGCUAGAGAACUUCUUCGGGGCUAUCCGUAGUCAUGGACAACGUUACGUUUCUCCGACAGCGUGGCAAUUUGACGGAUUAUAUAAGACACUGUUACUUAAUAAUGUAUCGUCUUUACAUUCCGUAGGUGCAAAUUGCGAGAAAGACGAUGGUGAUUUUCUUCUCACUUUUAAUAGUUUUAUUAAUAACGCAAUAAAAGAGUCAUCCAACGAUGACACGACUAAUGCAGAAUUAUUUGAUGAUUCUUGUGUUACAGAAACUGUUCAAAACUUCGACGCAAAUAAUAAUAAUAACUUUGCAAAAGGCACUCGUAUGUAUGUAGCGGGAUGGAUGGCCCGGAAGUUGUUAAAUAGCGUAAAAGAAUGUCGGGAUUGUUCCGCGUGUCAGUGCAGUUUUUCAAGUAAUUCUCACAAUGAUCCUGAAUAUACAUUUAUUAAAAUUCGAGAAUUUGAUAGUUCGAACCAUGCCCUCGCGUAUAUAAAUAUGGAUUAUUUUGAAAUGUAUGUUAAGGCGGACAAGUUGUUAAGGGGCUGGAUUACCAACGUUUGUUUUAAAAGUAAUGUAGCGAAAAGGCUUCGACUUGCGCUCCGUAAAAGAUUGCAUUCCGAAUGGAUUAAAUGUCGCUCUCACCAAAGACUAUUAUUUAACAAAUUUUUGCAAUUAUUUGUACGGAUAUUUUUAUUUCAUUGGUCCAAUGUUAUAAACCGUGUUAUGAAUGGACUUGAUACGCGAAUGCGGCCGAACGAUAUAAUGAUUAAACAAGCGAUAAAAAAAUGCGCAGCUAUAAGAAGCAGAAAUUGUAAAAAGUUAUUGGUAAAAUAAUUGUAGAAAAAAGUAUUUUUUACAAUUAUUUAUCAAGUAACUUUGUUUUUUACACAUGAAAUAUUAAUUAUUUACAAAUAAGACAUAACAAGAAAUAU